UCAGAGGAACGCAAGAAGAAGAGUGGAGCAGCCUGGAAGGUCGAGGAAGACGAGAAAUUAAAUAAAUCAAGAGCAUUUGUUGAACUCACUGAGUACAGAACAAAUGCAGUGGACAAUGAUACACAUUUCUUUAUACUUGCCGAACUUCAUAUUAAGCUGUAUUCGUUACAAACAGAGGCACACACUUUGCAGUCCCGCUAUAGUGUCAGUCUUACAAGCUCGUUUGGUGCUACAAUCCCCAACUGGCUCUUUCUGAUCUGCUUCAACAUGCUUUUUUCUCUUUUCUAGUUUGCUUUUUCUAAUUUGGACGUAAGGUGACAGGGUUGAUGCCACUUUGCACUUCAGUAACGUGUUUACUACUGUAGUGAUUUCAAUAUGAAACUUAAUUGCAACAAGACGGCAUAGUCCUGUUUCUUGAAUUCUAGUAAAUUGUCAAGGAGCGUUCUAUAAAUAAUUUUUCCGUUAAAUUAAUGGGUUUCUCAGAUCCUCUCUUUUCGAUUCUCACCCUAGGUAAAUAUGACAACGAUCCCAACUGAUUUCCAUCUUGGUGUGUAGAAACUAGUUUAAACUCAAUCAUGAUAAGACUGAAAUCAUGCUUAUCUUGUCGAUGUACCGUACUCGUCCACCCUUUAGCGACGUCAUUAAGGGUAAUGCAAGGCUAAGAACCACCACCAACAAAGCCUGGGAGUAGUAUUUGAUGACAACUUGCUGUUUGACGCACACGUCUCAGCAUUCUUUUGCAGAUUAUCGUUUCACCAACUCAGGAAUUUAUCAAAGAUAAGAAAGUGUCUCACACGGGAGUCUAGCGAAAUUGCAGUGCAUGCUUUUAUUACAUCUAAAACAGACUAUUAA